GCCGUUCCGCCUCACGCCCGCCUCCGCGCCUCCUUCCCCCCCUCGGCUUCGAGGGUUUUUUUCUUUUCUUUUUUUCUUCUUUUUUCUUCUCCUUUUCUUCUUCUUCUUGUUUUUCGUUUCCUUUUUUUCGGUUUCGGGGGGUGUUGGAUUCUUGAUUCCUCACUCUCCCGAGGCCAAACCCUAAUAAUAAUCGCUGACACGAGGAGCGGAGGAGGAGGAGGAGGGGGAGCCGAUCGGUUGAUUCGAUUCGAUCGACCGGCGGAUCGGUCGCCAUGCAGCAGCAGCAGCGGAUGAAGCAGCAGCAGGUGGCGGCGGCGGCGCAGCAGCAGCAGAUGAUGCAGCAGGCGCUGCUCAUGCAGCAGCAGGCGGCGGCGGCUGCCGCGGCGGCGGUGCAGCAGCAGACGCCCAUGUUCCCACCGCACCACCCGCAUCCGGGCCUCCUUGCGGCGCCGCAGAUAGAGCCAAUUGUUAGCGGCAACUUGCCUCCUGGAUUUGAUUCAAGUACAUGCCGCAGCGUGUAUGUUGGCAAUAUCCAUCUUCAAGUAACGGAUUCACUUCUACAAGAGGUCUUCCAAAGUAUUGGUCCAGUAGAAGGGUGCAAGCUCAUCAGGAAAGAAAAGUCAUCGUUUGGUUUUGUUGACUAUUAUGACCGUAGAUCUGCUGCAAUUGCAAUUGUGUCACUCAACGGUAGACAACUGUUUGGCCAGCCAAUAAAAGUCAAUUGGGCAUAUGCAAGCACUCAAAGAGAGGAUACAUCAGGCCAUUUUAAUGUUUUUGUUGGUGAUCUUUGCCCAGAAGUCACAGAUGCUGCUUUGUUUUCCUUUUUCUCUAGAUUUUCCAGUUGCUCAGAUGCUAGGGUAAUGUGGGAUCAAAAGACUGGACGAUCCAGGGGUUUUGGUUUUGUUUCUUUCAGAAAUCAGCAGGAUGCACAAAAUGCCAUAAAUGAACUGAACGGCAAGUGGCUUGGCAACCGCCAAAUUCGUUGUAAUUGGGCAACAAAGGGUGCUAAUGCCGGUGAAGAAAAACAAAACACAGAAUCCAAGGGUAUGGUAGAGUUGACUAAUGGCUCGUCAGAAGGUGGAAAGGAUAAUACAAAUGAAGAUGGUCCUGAAAACAACCCACAGUAUACGACUGUUUAUGUUGGCAAUCUUCCUCAUGAUGUCAACAGUAAUGACGUGCACCGGUUUUUCCAUUUACUUGGGGUUGGUUCAAUUGAGGAGGUCCGUGUAACACGUGAUAAAGGUUUUGGCUUUGUGCGUUACAGCACCCAUGAAGAAGCUGCUCUAGCAAUUGAUACGGGUAAUGGACAACUGAUUGGUGGGAGGCAGAUUAAGUGCUCCUGGGGAAGCAAGCCAACUCCACCAGGGACAGCAUCCGCGCCACUACCACCUCCAGCACCGGCGCCAUUCGCCUCCGGCCUGUCGGCGACUGACCUCCUGGCCUACGAGCGCACCCUAGCGCUGAGCAAGAUGGCCGCCAACCCGGCCCUGAUGGGUCAGCACUCCGCCCUGAAGCAGGCCGCCGCCAUGGGUAUGGGCGCCGGAGCCAGCCAGGCUAUCUACGAUGGCGGUUUCCAGAGCGCGAACACCGUCUUCUACUAGAGUGAACUGACCUACCUGAAGCAGACCACCUCCAUUGCCUGCCUACUACAUUCUGAGUAUGACCAGGAGGAUGAUGAUGAUGACCCCUCCACCCCUAUACAUAUAGUAGAUGAAGCCUUACCUGAACAUCCUUUUUCUACCUUUGUUAUUGCCAAUCUAGUAAUCCUUCCUCCCUUCUAUGGAUGCCGGCUAUAUAUAUAAUAUAUAUUUAGAACAUAUAUAUAAUGUUUUUCUGCUUUUCUAGAGAUAUGGAAACGACCUU